AUGGCAGAAGCCGUUUUUAAGAAAGUGGUGAGUGAUCAGAAGCUGGAUGGGAGAUUUUCUGAAAUCACAUCUUUUGGCACAGCUGGAUAUCAUAUCGGAGAAAAACCCGACUCCAGAACAAUUGCAGUUUGUGGUAAACACAACGUUCCAAUAAAUCACCGAGCACAACAAAUUUCAGCAUCGGACUUCAGGAAAUACGAUUAUAUUAUUUGCAUGGAUAAAUCAAACCUUGCAAAUUUGAGGAGGAUAAGACCAAGGGGUUCUGAAGCAGUUGUUGAGAUGUUUGGAAAUUGGAGAGAAGACCCAUCAUUUCCAACAAUUGUUGAGGACCCAUACUAUGGGGGAGCAGACGGAUUUGAAGAUUGCUAUAGGCAGUGCAUUCAUUUCAGUGAGGUGUUCCUUGAAAGGGAACUAUAA